ACAACGUAGCCUCUUCCAGCCAGACAAAAGUACAGUAACUAGAGCUAAGCAAAGCAAGCCAGAGGAGCAGGAGCAGACAAAGCAGAGGAGAUAAGAGCCGGACUGAGUGCCGGCACAUGGUGGAAACAUGCCCACCAACUUCACUGUAGUGCCGGUGAAGGACGCCAGAGGAGCCAAGCGCAGCCCCACGGAGGACAACGUGCUGAGGGAGGAGGAUGAGGAGGCCACAGGUGAUGGCGUCCCAAAAGAAAAUAGUCCCUUUAUUAACAACACAGACAAUGACAAAGCCAACAGCAACAGCUACGAUGGCACCAACAUGGCACUUUUUGAGGAGGAAAUGGACAGCCAUCCCAUGGUGUCAUCUCUCCUCAACAAACUGGCCAACUACACCAACCUCACCCAGGGAGCCCACGAGCACGAGGAGGCAGAUGAGGACGAGGGCGCAAAGAAGAAAACUGUCAAGAGCCCUCAGAUGGGGACCUUCAUGGGUGUGUACCUCCCCUGCCUCCAGAACAUCCUGGGGGUCAUCCUGUUCCUUCGCCUUACCUGGAUCGUUGGCACCGCGGGCAUCCUGGAGUCUCUGGCUAUCGUGGGCCUGUGCUGCAGCUGUACCAUGCUAACAGCCAUCUCAAUGAGUGCAAUCGCUACUAAUGGUGUAGUACCAGCUGGGGGUUCGUACUACAUGAUCUCCAGGUCUCUUGGGCCAGAGUUUGGUGGAGCUGUCGGACUGUGCUUUUACCUGGGCACCACGUUUGCUGGCUCCAUGUACAUCCUGGGGACCAUAGAGAUUCUACUGACCUACAUAGUGCCUAAAGCAGCCAUUUUCGUUGCGGACAAGAAGGAAGACGAAGUGGCCGCUCUGCUGAAUAACAUGCGUGUGUAUGGGACAUGCUGCCUGGCCCUGAUGGCUGUGGUGGUCUUUGUGGGAGUCAAGUAUGUCAACAAACUGGCCCUGGUCUUCUUAGCCUGCGUCAUCCUUUCCAUCCUUGCCAUCUACGCAGGGGUCAUCAAGAGUGUCUUUGAGCCGCCCGACUUCCCAGUGUGCAUGUUGGGAAAUCGCACAUUACAUAACCAGAAGUUCGACAAGUGUCUUAAGACUGAAGUGAUUGACAACCUGACAGUGAGCACUCAGCUGUGGAGAUUGUUCUGUGAUGGCCCUAAUCUCAAUGCUACCUGCAACGAAUACUUCACCAACAACAACGUGACAGAGGUGCAGGGCAUCCCAGGUCUCACCAGCAGAGUCAUCUCAGACAACUUGUGGUCUGCAUAUGCCUCUCUGGGUAUGACGGUAGAGGACCAUAAACUGCCCUCGCUGCCCGCCCCUGAAUCGGCUCAGGACUUCAACAUGCCAUACGUGGUCAAUGACAUCACCACCUUCUUCACUCUACUUGUUGGCAUCUACUUCCCCUCUGUCACCGGUAUCAUGGCAGGAUCCAACCGCUCAGGAGACCUGAGGGAUGCCCAGAAGUCCAUCCCCAUUGGAACCAUUUUGGCCAUUGCUACCACCUCCUUCAUUUAUGUUACAUGUGUGGUGCUGUUUGGAGCUUGUAUCGAGGGGGUUUUGCUGCGAGACAAGUUUGGUGAUUCAGUAAAGGGGAACCUGGUCAUAGGCACCCUCUCAUGGCCGUCUCCCUGGGUCAUUGUCAUCGGCUCUUUCUUCUCAUGCUGUGGGGCAGGGCUACAGAGUCUGACCGGAGCCCCUCGUCUGCUACAGGCCAUCGCCAGGGACGGAAUAGUGCCUUUCUUACAGGUGUUUGGUCACGGUAAAGCCAAUGGUGAACCUACCUGGGCUCUGCUGCUGACCGCGGGCAUCUGUGAAAUAGGCAUUCUCAUUGCCUCUCUGGACAGUGUGGCCCCCAUCCUCUCCAUGUUCUUCCUCAUGUGCUACCUCUUUGUCAACCUGGCCUGUGCUGUUCAGACUUUGCUGAGAACACCUAACUGGAGACCACGCUUCAAAUACUACCACUGGACCUUAUCGUUCCUGGGCAUGAGCUUGUGUCUGGCCAUCAUGUUCAUCUCCUCCUGGUACUACGCUAUUGUGGCUAUGGCUAUCGCAGGCUGCAUCUACAAGUACAUAGAAUACAGAGGGGCAGAGAAGGAGUGGGGAGAUGGGAUCCGCGGCCUGUCUUUGAACGCAGCACGCUAUGCCCUGAUUCGCCUAGAAGACGCUCCGCCACACACCAAGAACUGGAGGCCUCAGGUGCUGGUGCUUCUAAACCUGGACUCAGACCAGAGCAUCAAACACCCACGCCUCCUGUCCUUCACCACACAGCUCAAGGCAGGCAAAGGACUCACCAUCGUAGCCAACGUCCUGGAGGGCACCUAUCUCACCAAGGAUACAGAGGCCAGGAGAGCUGAGCAGAAUAUCAAGGUGUGCAUGUCCACCGAGCGCACUAAAGGCUUCUGUCAUGUGGUGGUGUCAUCAAACCUGCGCGAUGGAGUGUCCCACCUGAUCCAGUCUGCAGGCCUGGGGGGCAUGAAGCACAACACUGUCCUCAUGGCCUGGCCCGGGACGUGGAAGCAGUCCAACGACCCCCAGUCCUGGAAGAACUUCAUAGAGACUAUUCGUGAGACCACAGCGACACAUCACGCUCUGCUGGUGGCCAAAAAUGUGGACAGUUUCCCCACGAACCAGGAGCGUCUGGGCGAGGGCACCAUCGACGUGUGGUGGGUGGUGCACGAUGGAGGGAUGCUCAUGCUGCUGCCCUUCCUCCUGCGCCAGCACAAGGUUUGGAGGAAGUGCAAGAUGCGCAUCUUCACAGUGGCCCAGCUGGAUGACAACAGCAUCCAGAUGAAGAAGGACCUACAGAUGUUCCUGUACCACCUGAGGCUGGACGCAGAGGUGGAGGUGGUGGAGAUGCACGAUAACGACAUUUCAGCCUUUACCUAUGAGAAGACCCUGGUGAUGGAGCAGCGCUCACAGAUGCUCAAGCAAAUGCAACUCUCUCGGACCGAGAGAGAGCGAGAGAUUCAAAGUAUCACAGAUGAGUCUCGUAGCUCCAUCCGGAGGAAGCACCAGGUGGCAGCAGAGAGUUCCAGCCAGAGCCAGAGCCGGCACUCCUCUACUGCAGACGACAACCAGGAGGACGAGGCCCAGCUGAUCCAUGACAGAAACACAGCAUCCCACACUGCAAUAAAUGACAAGGCGGACGCAGCUCCAGAGCGCGUGCACAUGACCUGGACCAAAGACAAACUGUUCACCGAGAGAAGGCACCGCGAGUGUAACGCCAAUGUGGCCGUGAGGGACCUGUUCAACAUGAAGCCAGAGUGGGAGAGCCUAAACCAGUCCAACGUGCGGCGCAUGCACACGGCCGUCAAACUGAACGAGGUGGUGGUCAACAAGUCCCAAGGAGCCCACCUAGUGCUGCUCAACAUGCCUGGGCCGCCUAAGAACCGUGGAGGGGAUGAGAACUAUAUGGAGUUCCUGGAGGUUCUUCUGGAGGGUCUGAACCGCGUGCUGCUGGUGCGAGGAGGAGGCCGUGAGGUCAUCACCAUCUACUCCUAAACCACACCACCCGGCCUACUCACAUGGGCCGUUCCCAUGGAAACCGCUCCACCUGCGGACAGAGGCUGGGGGCAAGGCUUUUCUGGAGGCAGGACCACUCCUUUUGAUUGACACACGGACCUCUUUCAGGGCAUUGGGUGUGUCCUCGCCGGGCCUCUGCUCCUCACACACCGCAGUAGAGCCUAGAGACACUUUAUACUUUUCAUUCAUUCAUUCAAUGUUUUAUCCUUGUGUGUUCUUGUUCAAACUGUUGGAGUUGACGACCAGAAUAAGGCUGUUAGAUGGACUGUUUGACACACUGACUUAUGAAGACUAUUAUAACUCAUACGAAUUUAGAUGUCUACAUUUUUGGAAGCUGUAUUUUCAAUUUAUGUACAUUUAAAGAUCCAAUUUAGCCCAGAGCACAAUCUAUAGAGAGUUGUUAAGUGAUGUCACUUUCGGGUCCAACCAGAAACUUCACAGCUGAUUUCUAGCUUUGUUUUAUUCCUUAUUAGUCACGCAAGAGACAGUUAACUUUCAAAAAUGUAUCUUUAACCAUAAACUGUAUUAAAUAUGUAAAUAAUAUUGUAACAAUUUGGCAUAACAUAGGAUUAUCAUUGUGUAUGGUCACUGCUAAUGCUAGCUAGCCUAGCCUAGCUUCUUACAUCUUGUACACUUUCUGUCACAGUUUUAAUCAACUGUGGAUGUUGUCGGACGGUGGAAGGAAUAACCAUGUUUAUUACCUUGUUAGCUUUAAAUAAAUGAAUCUCUUUUUAACAUCACUUUAAAGAGAGGAAAUUGUAAAGCUGUUCAUUGCUUUCAGUGGUUGAUGGACCCUGAAGUGUCAUCACUCUUAGCAACUCUAUGGUUGUAUUCAAUUUAAAAACGUAUAGAAGCACAAUGAUGGUACUAUAUUUUAAAUACCAUUUCAAAAUUCAUAAACUGUCAUUUAUCAUUUGGAGAAAUAGCCAUAUCGUAGCAUAGCUUUUAAGAGCUUUUAAUACGCUCCUCAUGUUGCUAGCUUUCUUAGACUUUUUCAAUUAAGUAGUUUAUCACUUGCCGUCAGAGAUGGCCUGUGGAUAAUUUAAAACACAUUUAGCAUAAUUUAUUUUCUUAUUCUCACCCUAAAAUUGU